UUGCCCCUAGAUGUAAAGAAGUAUGGGUUGUGUGAAAACACUAAUACAACCGACUUAAGCAGUAUUUUUGUUGUCCCAAUCCACUAUAGCUACAUCAGACCUAUUACGCCAAAUUUACUUUUCCAGGUCUGUGUGAAGACGCAAAAAACAAGGGCAAAAAGAUCAGCUGUUUGUACUUUUCCAUUUUUGUAUUCACUUGGGCUUAUACAAGAAAAUUAGAUUCUCCACAAUUGUGACCUCAUAUAACAAAAGAUUCUCCCCCAGCUCAGUGUUCACAUCAGCCUGGUUAUGCUCAGCUCCGCUGUCCUGUGGGAUCCAUCUGAUGAGCUACAUCUGAAUUUGCCUUGUCUUUCACGAGGUGAGGCCUGGAAUUUCAGUGAAAUGACAACCUGCGUUGCUGAAGACGACUCCAUAUCUUUAGUCAGCCUGUCAGAUAUCACCAGCUCUUCAUCCAUUUCUGAUAAAGUCUGUGUGCACUGGGGAUGCGAGCUCAGUUCCAGCCAAACCACAGCCGUGUUCGAGGCAGAAGAUGAUCUUUUGGAGAACCAGUUCUUCAUUAAAACAAUAUGCCUCAGCGCACAGGCAAGUGACGAGAUGCAUGUAAUUGCUGUAUCUGAUGGAGUAGGCGAGUCCAAGCCUGUCCCGAUCGCCACCCUGCGUCACUGUAUGCCCACAGUCAGCUUUCCUGCUUUGGAGCUCAUGCCACCUGUUACCUUUAGUUUGUGUUCAGGCAAAGGGCCGGUGUUCAUCUCUGCGCAACACAUUACACUUAAUCCUACUGAAAACAUAGAGGAGGCAGAAGAAGAAGACGGUGGAGGAGGAGGAAGCUUCUUGGUUGAUGAUUCAACAGACUGAACCAUCGUGACGUGUCAUGGAUGAACUUGACUAUAUUUUGGGAUCGAAACGUACAGCUUGGAUCUGUGGGUUCAAAUAUUAGCAUGUGUGCUGAAAUGAAAGUGUAUGAUUUAUGAAUCGAAGAAGAAGCAGAGAACCAUGUGAGCUGAAACACCUCGUCAGUCUAGGAGUGUAUUCAGGGAAGCGGGCUGAAUGUAAUGUGAUGUUAUGUGAUGUGAUUUGUCUGCCUUUUUUUGUUUUAGAACUAAUCAGAUACAGAUGCUGAACCCCUGAUCAAGUGAUUGCUGAAAUCAAUCACUGAGCUGCAAAUGAGAGAGGAGCAAAUAUGAUUGCUGUAUUGAAUCCAACCAUGUAUAUGUAUGUAAAUAUAUGGACCGAAGCAGGUUUGAUCAUCUGUCUGAUCCUGAACGAUAAUGAUUUGUACUGUUAAUGUAAUGAACGUGGUGUGUUUUUCAAAUGAAAAUGCAAUUAAAUGUCAAUUUUUUUUUAUCACCUGAUACAAAUCAGCUUGGAUCUCAAAUUAAAUAUUGAG